AUGAACUACUACCAAGGAGGGUACAAUUCGGGCCAGUUUUACCAGUCGCAAUUCGAUAGUGGCGCUGACGGCCAGAUGGGCGGAUCCACGGGCGCUGCCGAUGACGGAUACGGAGGAUACGGCGGAUCUGCAGGAAUGCUAUCCACAGGCAUUUUGGCAGCUCUGGGCACUUCUGGCUACCCGGGAGAGCCCCCGCUUCUGGAGGAGCUCGGCGUCAACUUUGGACACAUCAAAACCAAGACGUUGACGGUGCUGAACCCGUUCCGGGCGAUUAGUAAGCAUAUUAUGGACGACAGUGAUCUGGCCGGCCCCAUUCUCUUCUGUCUGCUGUUUGGCACCUUUUUGCUGCUGUCCGGCAAGGUGCAUUUCGGUUACAUCUACGGUGUGGCCCUGGUCGGAUCCGUGUCUCUGCACUGGAUCCUCAAGUUGAUGGCCUCCGACGUGUCCAUCGACUUCACACGAACAGCCUCGGUGCUGGGCUACUGUCUGUUGCCACUGGUGGUGAUUUCGGGUCUUGGAGUGGUAAUGAAGCUGGAUGGAACCCUGGGCGCCAUUCUGUCUUUGGUUAGUGUCACAUGGUGCACGUGGUCCAGUAGUGCAAUCUUCGUGUCUGUUCUGCGGCUCUCGGAUAUGCGGGCUCUGGUCGCGUACCCACUGGCAUUAUUUUACGGAGUCUUUUCCAUUAUGUCUGUUUUCGCAGAGACUUCCUCGGCAUAG